AGACAGCGUUUAUGAAGUACAUGUGCGGUGUUUAAUGCAGCAAGUAGGAAGCACGGAGCUGUUCUAGAGCUGGACUGGGCUGGGUUGCCAGCAGUGGGGGCUGGAGGAGGGAGCAUGGGCCCUGGGCCCCCACAGCCCACCCUGUGGUCCCGCCACACCACUGGCUCCCGCGUGAGUCCCGCUGCGAGCGGUGGAUAAGAGAUUCUGACAAAGGAAUGUUUCUUCAAGUAACUCCAGACAUGAAAUACACACCCAGCAUUUCUCCACGUUCAGAAGAUUUCCCUCUGAGGCAUCACAGCUCCUCAGAGUAGUACUUUCUUUUCAUAGCUGGCAGCCUGAAGAAUGAAGGGUGCAAUUCAGCGUCAUUAAUGCAGUUGCAGAUACGUCACUGACCUCACUCAGCAGGAGCGGGAUCUCACUGCAAGUCGCUUGUCUGCUCUCCAACAGAAACCUUGCUACAAAGCUAGGAACAGUUUAGCGAGUUUCACCAGGAAGACCAUUCCUCUCAACUACCUGUUGGUACUAAGAAGUGCCUUUCCUGACGUCUCUGCUGCUUGGGACCGCUUCUAGAGCAGCCGCUGCUUUUUGCCUUGCUUGCUGCCAGCUAGACCGCGAGGACAGCGCAUCCGCCCGCCGCCUCUAGCCAGACACCCCCGCUGCCGCCCAAAGCCGAGGCACAGGCGCGAUCGGGCCGUGCCCUAGGCUGCUUUACUGUAAAAAUAAAAGUUUGCUGCGAAGGUCAGAUAUCUGCUGCCCGAAAAUCAAGCAGAGGAGAGGAAAAAACCAGAUAAUUAUCAAUCCUGUCUCGAUCAUUGCUCUAAACUGCUGCAUCUGUCUAUGCCAAACUAAUCGAUACCGAUUGCACCACAACCUCCCAUUGCACGCUCAGCCGCGUGGAGAGUACCUGUCAGACAACUUCCCCGAAGCGGCCUGGAAAGCCCGUGCCAGAGGGUCGGCCACAUUUCCAUGCUUGCGCUGGGGGCUCUCAGGACGGGCUGCUGAGCGCACGAGGCCCCGCGCUGUAACGUUCACCUCCAGCGCUUCUCUAAGCACGAAAGCCCCAUCGACCGGCAGCGUCACGCCGCGGGCUCCCGGUGGCACGUCUUCUCUUUGAGCUCGCGGCCACCCACUUUUACACGUACUUUUAAAAAUAGGGAGCGGGGGAAAAAAAUAAAAACAGAUAUUCUGGAGGUGACAUUUUCAUCCUCCCUGGUUUUAUCAGUUCAGCUACUCGUUUGUCUGUUUUGUUGGAAGUUUUAACUACCUGUAAAAGCUAAAGAUGGCUGUUAGUGUCCCGCCGAUUCGGGACACAAAAUGGCUAACGCUGGAGGUGUGUAGAGAGUUCCAAAGGGGGACUUGCUCACGACCAGACACGGAAUGUAAAUUUGCACACCCAUCGAAAAGCUGCCAAGUCGAAAACGGACGUGUAAUCGCCUGCUUUGAUUCGUUGAAAGGCCGAUGUUCAAGGGAAAACUGCAAAUAUCUUCACCCACCACCACACUUAAAAACGCAACUGGAGAUAAAUGGACGCAAUAACCUGAUUCAGCAGAAGAAUAUGGCCAUGCUGGCCCAGCAGAUGCAGCUCGCCAAUGCCAUGAUGCCUGGUGCCCCGUUGCAGCCUGUGCCGAUGUUUUCUGUCGCACCGAGCUUAGCCACCAACGCAUCAGCUGCCUUCAACCCCUACCUGGGGCCCGUGUCCCCAGGCCUGGUGCCAGCGGAGAUCCUGCCCACCACCCCGAUGCUGGUGACGGGGAACCCCGGCGUCCCGGUCCCUGCCGCUGCUGCUGCCGCUGCCCAGAAGCUGAUGAGGACAGACAGGCUGGAGGUAUGUCGAGAGUACCAGCGUGGCAACUGCAACCGGGGAGAGAAUGACUGCCGGUUUGCUCACCCUGCGGACAGCGCUAUGAUCGACACCAACGACAACACGGUCACUGUCUGCAUGGAUUACAUCAAAGGGAGAUGCUCAAGGGAAAAGUGCAAAUAUUUUCACCCUCCUGCACACCUGCAAGCCAAGAUCAAGGCUGCCCAGUACCAGGUUAACCAAGCUGCAGCUGCCCAGGCAGCAGCGACUGCAGCUGCCAUGACUCAGUCGGCUGUCAAAUCACUGAAGCGACCCCUCGAGGCAACCUUUGACCUGGGAAUUCCUCAAGCUGUACUUCCCCCAUUACCAAAGAGGCCUGCGCUUGAAAAAACCAAUGGUGCCACCGCAGUCUUUAACACUGGUAUUUUCCAAUACCAGCAAGCUCUUGCCAACAUGCAGUUACAGCAGCAUACAGCCUUUCUCCCACCAGGCUCAAUAUUGUGCAUGACACCCGCUACAAGUGUUGUUCCCAUGGUGCACGGUGCUACGCCAGCCACUGUGUCUGCAGCAACAACAUCUGCCACAAGUGUUCCCUUCGCUGCAACAGCCACAGCCAACCAGAUACCCAUAAUAUCUGCCGAACAUCUGACUAGCCACAAGUAUGUUACGCAGAUGUAGACACCUUGUCAUCAAACAGUCAUAAGUAAAGCGAAGAGGACAGUGUGUUUGGUGGGAAGAGGAGGAGCUCAUUAGCCAUAGUGUAUAUACCGUCAAGCAGCACUCGGAAACUCCCUCAGCAGUACGACAUCCACACCUUGCAUGUUAACGAGACGAAACGAGAGCGUGGAAAUCCACUGCACACUGUUGCCUAUAUACUUUGUACAUUUAAUUGAUAUUCGUGCUGAGGUGAUCUUAUUGUCUAGAAACUGCAGCAUUGUCUGUCUUUUCUAGCCCAGCAGCGCGCGUCGGGAUGCGGACACGCGCCUGCGGCCCGUUUCCUACAUAAUCAUGUCCGUCACCCUGAAAAGACAGACGAUGGUGUAACCAUGAAUCUAUUAUGUAUUGGUACGUCUGUAGACCAAGAUAUAAUUUUUUAAAGUAAGUUUAUUUCUUUCAAGGUUUACAAAUAACAAAGGUGCACCUUGUAUUUAAAAUUGCCAUUAUAGACGAGAGCGUGCAUGCACAGUAAUUUUUGUUUAAGAGUAAUAUUUUUAAUGUAAUAGAUUGUAAGAAGUGGUAAGAGAGGUAUCUGACAGAGAUGAAUGUGCCAAGCAAAACCACAACGGUGUCUAUUUUAAAGCACAUCGAUGGCUUUAAGUACCAUGUUGUUAAGGAUUCUCAUGAAGUGCCAUAGACCGUACAUCCGAGUAGAAGAUUGUUUUCUGCAGUGUUAUUUUCAGAACCACGUUUCCACUUACUUCCUUAGUACUAACCAGUCAAAGGGCACCGUUCUGUUUCAAACCAAAGCUGUCUCAGAAAUGGCCAACUCGUCCUUGCAGUUAACAGUAGACAGCACAGGAAAGAUACUCUAGCCGUACAAAUUAACCCAUACUGGACAUAUAUAUCAACUCUGCUAAGGCAUCGUAGUGUGAUAGUUAUGUGUGUGUUACUGUAUAACGUGAUAUCCGAAAGGGAAAAGCCAUUUCUGAGACACAGAAACAAAUGUCGGAGGAACUCCUUUUGCUUCUAUUUAUAGCCUCUGUCGAAAGUCAAAAGGACUAUAAAUGCUCUGCAGAGCCGGGUUUCACUUUUACUUCGUCACAGUCACACUGCUGUGGUGACUCUAAACAAAGACGCGAGAAGCACUGACACCAGACCACGACAAACCAAAACGCGGCGAGGCGACGACGUUCGUUAGCGUAGAAACCGGGUGGGUGGAACACUUGGGUGACUUUUAUAUGUGACUUUUUGUUCAGAUUAACUGCUUAUAGCCUUAGAAAGCCUUUACAAAAGAAAAACAAAACGAUAGAUGUGCAUUCAAGUUUUCAGCGUGGAUUCGUCCAAAGGAAUUCCUUUCUGUGGUUCGGAUGUUGCAGCUGGUAGAAGGGUAUUUGUGCUCUGCCCAGCUCAGUGCUGGCGUGGGGCUGGGCCUGGCUGCCUGGCGUGGUGUGGCACAGCCUGGCAUGGUGUGACACAGCCUCGUGUGGCACAGCCUCGUGUGGCACAGCCUGGUGUGGCUCAGCGUGGGGGGGGAGAAGCGCGAGUUCGGUUUAGAACUCCCCGUACUGCCCCUCCGCUGCGGGUUUUUAUGCUUGAGAGAUGCUUUAUCACGUAAGAAUGACGUGUUGAUUUUACUGAUUGUACUGUACAUCUAUUAAAGCCUUAGAUUAUUACAUUACGGGUUAAAACCCAUACCAAUGUAAUUUCAAUCGUGUUAAGAAAGUAUAGGUGACUUCACAUGUUAUUGUAGCUACUAAACAUUAUGGAAUCUUACUUAUUUUUUUUCUUGUUAAAAGUGUAGUUUUUCUUCCUCACGUUUAUUAGGUUGUUUUUUUCCUUUUCUAUUACCAGUUGAAUACCAUUUCAGUCUGUAGGGUUUUGUUUUUAUUAGAGUUUACUGAUGACUUUUUCAAAACACAAAACAACAACAAAAAGAAGAGUAGUUUUCUUCGUGCCAUCCUGGGUUUUGCAUUUCCAUGUAGCGUCAGAUGGGUAUUCGUAUUCUUGUUAACGAGAUGAUUUCUAUUUUACUGAUUUACUAUUACAAUGUAAGAAUGUCAGUCAUUGUUAGUUCCUGUCUAGUUUUCAUUAAAAGAACAAAGAUCUUUUAUAUGGAUAUCUUAUAAUUAUAUAAUCAUUGCUAAGUAAGGAGUUAAGUUGUUGCUAUGGCAACAAUCCUGGCAGACAAUUGAGUAAUAUUUUGAUGAUUUAUUUUGUUUGUAAUUAGUUGUUAUGAGAAGAUCUAGUUCCUAGAUAUUAGAGUAAAAUUUAUUUUCUACUGUAUCCAUUUCAAAUGUUAAAAUAUUGUUUAAAUAUUUUUUGAGAUCCCUGAAUAUCAGGCCUUGUUAUAAAUAAGCUGCAUAAUCAAUAGAUCAAGGGACUUUUUGUUGAUAAUCCAAAUACUCAAAGUUUACGUAACGAGAAUUAUAGCGUGUGUGUGCAAACUCUUGAGGGUUGAUUAUGCUGCAGUUUAGCAUGUGGGAACGUAUAGAGAGAAGGUUGACUUUUUGCACUUCUGUAUAUAGUCAAAAAAGAGAGAAACCUGUAUAAUAGUAAGAUCUUAUUUUGAAUAAAAAUGUCUAUAAUUACAAGGAGUUUUGUUAAGGCUAAUAAAAUGACAGGCUGAACAAAAUUGCUUGCAAAAGUGGCACAGAGUUAGCACUCCAUACCCCUUCCAAAAAAGUUGCUUUGCUUUUUGUGGACAGCUUGUAGUUUGCCAGGAUUUUUUCAGCUGGAAAGAGACGCCAUCCUUCCAAGAUCUCAUGACUGACAAAAGCUCCACUGGUUCAAAUCUGCCUGAAGAUCAUUAAGGAAAACAAAACCAAAAAAAAAAAAAGAUAAAAAUGGAAAAAAAAAAAAGGAAAAAAAUAUGAAAAGAAAAAAAAAAGCAGGUUCUGGAGAGCAUCGAGGUGAGACCACGGGUCAGGUACUCCUACAUUAGCCAAAACUACUGCAUGUUUAAAGUAUCCAAAGGUAUAUUAAAGAUAUAUGCUACUCAAACCAGUUUCUGACAAUUUCAGUGGUUUAUUGUUCACACACAAAAAAAAAAGGUUCUUCAAAAGAAAUACUGGCUUUCACAAGAGAGUUAAAUCAUGGACAGGCAAACCGAACAGCACACCGUAGCUGUAGUUGUUAUGUGAUUAUUUUUUAUUGCUGUAGUGGUCCUGUUCUUUUAGCAGGUGAAAAAAAAACAAACCCAAACCAACCCUGGGCAAUCUCACCCUUGAAUGGGCAAAGCGCUGGAGAAACCUCCCUGUCACCUAUGCCAAAGCUGGGGGGAUGCAGUGGCGGGGCCCUCGCGUGUGCGGUGUCUCCAGCGCUCACUCAAUUGUGGACAAAGUUGCACUUACUGCAACCCCGCGACUUUCAUCUGCUGAAAGGACAGAUGUGCUUGGUUUUACGAUUAUGUAACCACAGACUUACUUUUUGCUUGUAGUUGCUCCAGAUUAUGUACUCUGUCCUGGGCUGCAAUUUGUUUUUAUGCUUAUUUUAUUAUUACUGCUAUAGUUGACCUUGCUGUAUGGAAAAAAUAAAGUGAAAUUGCCCUAAUAAAAGUUCCCUUUCAUA